CGGCGUUGCACAAGUAUGGCGGCGCCCUUGUGAAAACACUUUCGAGGUUAACGAAAAAGAUGCUUUCUUUCAUAUACAAAGCAUGAUUUUGGAUACUCACCCAAAGAAUGAGCAAAAGUUGUGACUGUGAUAACAUUUGUUACACACUUAUACUGUGACAGUUGACACAUAAAUCUAACCAUGUUGAAACGACCUAAAGCAGGUGAAAGUGAGGAUGAUCUGCUCAAGUUUCAAGAGGAAUUUCUUGCUCGUAAUAAGUCAGAUCCAUCAGCCAGCGUAAAGAGGGCAGACAAAAGAAAACCAAGCAGCGAGGAUAAGAAAGAUGUCGUCAAACUUGAUGAAUUACCUCAAACAUUGCCACCUGGACCAGUGCCAGUCAAAAAGUCCAAAUUCAGGAAAGCCCAGGAAGAAAGACGUUCCAAGGAAGCAACCACUUUGGCAGAAACAGAUGAUGCCGAAGAAAGAGUUGAAAAGCACGACCGACAUAUGGCGCAGGUUUUGACACAGAUUAUAGAGAGGGAUACAAGGAAUGCUGCUGUGUUUUUGCCCAGACAGACAAGUCAGGCGUUUCCAACAGCCCUUCACAGAGGCCACACACUGCAGUCGACUGGGUCAUCAGGUGAGAAGAAGAGCUUGUUUAUGCAGCACCUGGCUACAUCUGGGGUGAAGGACUUCGGGGUGGUGCUAAAGCAGGAGCUGCAGAAGACUGGAGAGAUGCCACACAACCCAAGCACCGACGUGGAGGAAAGGGGAGAUAGAAAGGCUACAUCCAGGAUCGUGCAGGGCUCUGGUCUGAGUGCUACACUAGGAACUACUGAAGCAAGGAAGAUUCAUGAGGAGAACUUGGAGAAGAUAUCCACCAUGACACAGGAGGAGAUUGAUGAGGAGAGGAAGAAGCUGAUGGAGAUGAUGGAUCCAAAGUUGCUAGCAUUCCUGACUUCCAAAAAGAAGGUGAAGCCCGAGAUAACGGAAAUGGAAACAGAAACAAGUUUGAGGGAGAGAGUUGCUGGUGGGAAGAAGAUUUCAAAGAAAACAGGUCACAGUGACCUGGGGCUGCCUGUUCAGCCUGAACCUACAUGGGUACACAUGGAAAAAGUGGAGUAUGACAAGUUAGAGUGGAUGAGGGACCUUCCACCUCCCAGCACCGGGGAUGCAAAGAAUGGCCUACCAGCUAGAUUUGAUUUCCAUGGCAACAUUCUUCCAGCAGAUUCUGACUUACCUGUCAAUCAAGGUCUACAUCACCAUGGCAAUGAACCAGAGCGAGCAGGUUACACCCUGGAGGAGAUGUUCCAGCUGGCCCGGAGCUCCAACAUUCAGCAGAGGACACUAGCGCUGCAGGUGCUUGCCCGGGUCAUAUCCAAGGCUAAGAGAGGAGCAUAUCGAGAUGUUGUUCAGUCCCCGAUCUUGCCGGCUGUCCUGGAGUCUGGAGUGGUGUUCCUGUUCCGCUGGGCUCUAGACGACACUGUUGACACAGUUCUUGCUGCAGCUGUUGCUGCCAUGCAUGCCCUCAUCUGUAACCCAGCAGAUCAGGAGUGCCUGGACAGAUGCUUCAGCUGGUUUCAAGGUCAUGUGAUGCCGGGUCAGUGUCCGGUUACCAUGGAGAGUGAGCGCCAGGAUGGGGAGGAGACUGUUGAGGAGACGGAUGCUGAAGUAGCCAAGAGAGACAUAGUUCUGUGCCUGGUGUCCCGAAUGGUGCUGCUCCAGCGACUGCGGCAUAUACUGGAGACUCGGAAACCCCAGGCUGUGACGGUGUUACAGGUCCUGGACAUGCUGACCAAGACAGCCCAGCACUCCCCCAGUCUGGCAUACGAGAUAGUACAUUGUCCAAGGCUGCUGGACGUGGUGUUUCAAGAAUUUUUGCCCACAGCUUGGGAUCCUCAAGACUCUAAUGCCCAGCUGUCCAGCGUGUAUGGCCUCCCGCUGACUACGGCUCUGAGACUGGUCGCGGCACUGUGCCAGGCUGGCCGGAAUAUGGCAGCACAUAUGGUAUCAAAAUAUAAACUACAGAACAUAAUAAUGAGGUAUAUGGCAGUGAAAACAAGGAGCAUCUGUUGUCUGUUGUGUUCGGUGAUCUCAUCCACAGAGCCUGUGACAGAGCAUCUGUUGUCUGAAAUGUUGCAGACCCAGAGUGUUCGUGUGUGGAGGAUCUGUCUGUCCUAUGGACUUGCCACACAGACAUAUCUAGACCUCUAUUCCACCCUGGUGGGUUACAUCCAGUCUGCUCUUGACCCUGGAGGACGUCCCAGUAGCCAGCAGAUGGAGGCGGCCAUGUUGGCUUGCUGCGAGACUGUUGUCAGUGUCGCUGGUUCUGUUAAGCCAUCCACUGGUUUUGUCAGGAGCCAUGAUGGCAGUGCCAUGGAGACUGAGGGUAGUGAGGAGGUUAUCUCCCCUGAUGUGAACUGGAGCCAUGUGGCUGGGUUGUACCAGCCGAUAACCAGCUGUGUGCAGAGUGUAUUGGAAGACAUCAAAGACAACUAUCAGUUUAAGAAAUGUGAACUUCACUUUGCAACAUCUUGUGUCAACUUCCUUGCAACUUUCUACCACCAACUGCAGAAACAGCCUACCUACAGCCCCGUCCAGUGUCUGCAGGAGGUGGAGGAGUUCUGCUGCAAGACUCUAGUCCCUUGCUGGAAGUCACUUGGUUUGAAAACUGUCCUCAGUAACUUAAGCCAGCACUCCAACCUCUUGUCCCCACCUGAGUGUCCCAGCCAGGAGGUAGCCUCAUGUCUGGUGGAGUUGCAGGCCUCUCAGCCAGACGGAGACUUCACAGCUCCAGUCCUCCAACCCCACUCCCCAUAUGGCUUCCUGACAGCCUUGCUGAGACUGACACUUGUCCUGUGUCAGCUACACAAGGGUGUCAUUGACAAGAUGUUGGUAGAUGUGACUCAGGACGAAGACUUGAUGAGUUACAUGAAGAAAGUGUCUCACAACAAACCGUCCUGCUUGGUGGACAACUACUUCACAAGACAUGAGAACUACCUCCAGUACUACUUCCUGAAGCUGGCAGCGCUCAAGCCUGGACCCAGCAUGUCCAUCCUCCAUCGCUGUGGCCUUCACCUUCUCAGUCGACUGAAAGACGGGGAUGAGUACCUGGCCUUUGACCUUCUCUCCACCACCAUCUUCAGCCCUGACUUCAUCACAGAUGGUAAGGAAGAUGGACUGGCCUUUGAGGAUCUGGGAGAGAUGAAGCUCGCUGAGACUUCCCGCCUGAAGAGUGCAACACAAAGGGAGAUAACUGCCAACCGCAGUCAACUGCUAUCUGAGGUGUACACCAGACUGCCUGGUAUCCGAGCCAUGUACCUCUCGGCCUUCUCGGCCAGCCAGCAGGCAGUCACAGCAUCCAGCAACCGUCUGACUUGCAACACGGCUCACACAGACAGCCUCAUGAGUUGCAGCUCAGGUGGAGGUGUGCUGCCUCGUGACUGGAUGUACCUGCCUCUCAUACAGCUCUAUGUGAAAGCUUCAACUCCCGGAUCGUCAAUUGAAGAGCGUGUACCCCCCCAGCUGGUGUCUAUGGCUGCCGACGUGCUGUACUGGGUGUACGUGCUGGAGUGUUGGCGUCCACACAUCCUCGGCGUGGUCUCCAUCACCCUCAAGGUCACCAGGGUCAUGUGCGCCUUCAUGGCUGGCAACGACCUCUUCUUGGACAGGAGUGUGAGCUGCUACCUGGCCGCGCUGCUACAGGAGUACACCAAGCCAGCAGCUCUUGACCGCCUGGACUUCACCGAGGACAUACCAGGACUCUCCUCCUUCUACGACUUGUUCAGUGAGCUGCUCCAGCAGUAUGAGUCGGUGUCGUUCGGGGACUCACUGUUUGCCUGCUACGUGUUGGUGCCACUGCAGCGGAGACACAGCGUUCAGAUGCGGAGGUUGGUGUGGGGGGAGAAGGCAGCGGUUCUGAGGACUUUCAGGGUUCCACUUACACAGGUUGUAAUACCAAUUGAGCGGUUCCUGGCACCUGACGAGAGUGACCUCCCCUUGCUGCAGCUGUAUUUCCAGUGUCUGGUGUCACAGACAGUGCGGCCGAUUUGGGCACCAAUCAUGUACUUGACUGCUGUCCACCAUGUCAACCGAUUUCUCUACUACCAGGCUGACCGAAACCAUCAAGGACCCAGGGACAGAAUGUGGCACCAAUUAAUGGCAUGUAAACAUGAGGAGGUAAAACAUCAUCUUCUCCACUACAAGAUGGCAGAUGUGGAACAAGAAUAUGGCAUGACAUUCUACACAAAUCUUCCAACCAUCCGUCAGACUGUAGUGGAUGGAUACAUGCCAGCAAAGAUGACGUGACACUCAGCUCACAGCCUUAAGUCAUUAGACUGUCUGUUGUUGACAGGACAUCCUGGCUGGAUGAUGGUCCACACAUGUACCCCUCCUGUCUGAAUCAGAUCUGUUGUUGAUGUCAGGGGCGGAUCCAGAGGAGGUGUGCGCACCCCAUCUUCUCAAAUGCCCCCAGAGGAGCAUUUCCUCUAACCUUUGGACAACUUCAUGAUUAAUGUGCACAAUUCCCACUUCUCCAAACUCCUGGAUCUGCCCCUGGAUGUAUGACAGGUGACGUAUGACAGGUGAUGUAUGACAGGUUACGUACCACAGGUGAUGUACCACAGGGAGAGUCCAAAGUCUAGCAGAUGUUGAGAGAAGUAUCUUGGUGAGCGUCUACAUAAAAGUGAAGACUGGAAGCAGGAUCUAUUAAGUCUGCAAGGAAGUGCUGAAACUAUGCUGAACUAAUAAGCAGUUCCAGUCGCUGAGCUGUACAGUAACAUAAGCACAACACGUUUGGCAACAAAUGCAAAUAUUGUAUUAUCCAAAUAUCCAUACCCCAAUGUUCCACGAUACAUGAAGUCACUGAGAGAAACAUGCCAUAACAGUCAUAGCACACGCCGGACUCAAAGUGUUGAAAUCAUUCCAUGAUUGGCUUCCAUGACAAACAUUCUUCAUGGGAGUGAUCUUCAUAAGUCCCUUGAAUAGACAUUACUGCAAUUCACCAGCUGUUGGAGAUAAAUUAUUUCCUGAAUUCAACGUAAUUUUCUCGAGUAUCAAAGAUCAAUAAUAGAUAUACUUUUCUAUUUUUGUCCACCAUACUGUUAGUAUUCACAAUGUCAUGUUCAUAUUACUUACAGGUAUUGAAGUAAUGUUUAAACCGAAACUGUUCACAUUGUACAUCACAUGUGUUUCAUGUAAUCCAUCAAUAACAUGUCAAAUGUGAUCUUGUAUCUACAUGAUAAAAGCUGAUUGGGUACAUAUUCUUGGAAUAAAUUAUGGUGGUAAAAAAGAA